AUGAGUGCCCCAGGGGCACAAUCCGAGAAUCGCAAUCCCAUGCGAGUUCUUGUACUGGCACUUGUCAUUGAUAUGCUCGCAUUCACCUGUAUAUUACCAUUAUUUCCGUCAAUAUUAAAUUUCUAUGCUAAAGAAGGCCAUCGAGAUCGCCUAUAUGAUAUUUUUGUAUCCUUGUUAAAAUCGUUUCAAUCCGCCAUUGGUGUACCACACAAUGCACAAUAUAAUAACGUAUUUUUUGGAGGUUUACUUGGUUCACUGUUCAGCGCAUUGCAAUUUCUUUCCUCACCCACCCUCGGAGCACUUUCCGACAUUUACGGUCGUCGAACAAUGCUGCUGUUGUCUUGUAUAGGGACAUUAAUAUCUUAUAUUAUUUGGCUUAGGGCCGAGACAUUUUCUGUGUUUGUCCUCUCUCGAAUUAUUGGUGGGCUAAGCAAGGCAAAUGUUAAUGUAGCAACAGCAAUCGUUACGGAUAUUUACAAGCCUGAGGAUAAUCCGAAGGGAAUGGCUCUCAUCGGUAUCUCGUAUUCUGUUGGUUUCCUUAUCGGACCAAUGUUCGGCGCUUAUUUCUCCACAAUUGCUCCAAAGGAUGCAUUACACACCACUCCAGCUAUAUUUUCUAUAGUUCUCACUUCUAUACAUUUUUUAUUGAUUGCGUUUCUUCUUCCGGAAACAUUGCGAUAUGAAGAUAGGAGACGAUCCGAAGAUAUCGCUCGCAAAGCUAAUCAGCUCGUUUCACCACAGGAACUCUUCAAAUUCUCUGCUGUCGAGGCACCUAUUGAAAAAAAAUGUGAAAUGCAGAAGAUUGGAAUCAUUUAUUUUAUAUAUUUAUUUUUGUAUGCCGGUUUAGAAUUCACAUUACCAUUCCUAACACAUUUGCUGUUCAAUUUCGAUAGCAUGCAACAAGGGAAGAUUUAUUUGUUCACUGGGCUUUUGAUGUUGCCGAUUCAAGGACGAAUUGUUCGAAGAACGCCAAUGAUUAAGCAAAAACGUGUGGCUGAAAUUGGUAUUAUUUGCAUAAUUCCUGCAUAUCUGAUUAUUGGUCAAGCUACUAACCAGUACAUACUGUACUUAGGUCUUUUCCUUUACGCUAUCGCAUCAGCUACAGUGGUGAGCUGUCUAACUUCUCUGGUAUCGGCCGUUCAUCCAAGCACAGAUAAAGGUGCAUUGGCCGGAGUUUUCCGGAGUAUUGGAGCACUAGCCAGGGCGCUUGCACCGAUGAUAGCAUCCACGAUGUUCUGGCUAACUGGACCGACUCGAUGCUAUACAGUUGGAGGAAUUCUACUAAUGAUUCCACUAAUACUUUUAAGAAGGCUUGAAAAUCCCGUGCAAGAUACGAAAAAAGCUUUAUAA